CGCCGUUUAAGUGUCCGGUAUGAUGGCUUCCCCGGUCCAGCUCCAGUACCAGGCGAGUAGUGCGCAGCCGCAGAUGUCGCCGUUAAAUCUUCUCGCCACCACUUGCACCCGAAUGUACCAAUCACAGCCGUUCCUCCACUCUCAAGUAUCUCCAAACUCCACCACUUGCAGCAGCGACAGUUACGUCUCCCAGGUACCCCUCGAAGCGGCUCGUUCCCCCUUGGAGUUCUCCCCGCACUACCAACCCGCCUACACUCACAGCUACAACAACCCGUGCUGGUUCCAGCAUUCGCCACCUCCUGCCGACAUCGCCACCAGCGGUUACCAGCCCCAGCCCCAGCACCAACAGCAAUAUCAAUGGCCCCACCAAAACACCUACAUGUCAACAUUCCCAUCGAUGAUCAAGCCCGAAAUGCCCAUCGUGGACUACCCCACCUACCCCUCCAAGGCCCGAAGAUGCCUCAAAUGCCAAUGUCCUAACUGUAUAAACGAAGAAAACGGCUUGAAGAAACCCUCGUCGAAAAAGGUGCACAUUUGCCAUUACCAAGGCUGUGAUAAAGUAUACGGGAAGACUUCACAUCUGCAGGCACAUCUGAGAUGGCACACGGGGGAAAGACCAUUCGUUUGUAACUGGCUUUUUUGCGGGAAAAGGUUUACCAGGUCGGAUGAGUUACAAAGGCAUUUGCGGACACACACGGGGGAAAAACGUUUUGCGUGUACGGUAUGCACGAAGAGAUUUAUGAGAUCAGAUCAUUUGGCAAAACAUGUGAAGACACAUAAAAAUAGCAAGAAAUCUGGUACGCAGAGUGAGGUGAAAAGUGAGGGUGUAACAACGCAGCAAUACGGUAGAGGGAGUCCGGGAGGGGUGGCUUAUGGGGGAUACUCUGGUUAUCUUUCGACAGUGAUAGGCGAACAAUGAAUUUUUUUUGUAUAUUGGGGACCAGUGCAAAUAGAGUAAAUGGCCCACUAUGUGUUUGCUUUGUAUAGAGUCAAGUUUGUAUUUUUGUAUAGUCGUUGCUGUACAUACGAAAAUUAUUUUAAUAAAGAUAUGGAGAUGAGAA